AUGCUUUCGAGAGACACGGCGUGCCAGCAGCAGCAGCAGCAGCAGGAACGACAACCGUCUAUUUCGAGUGACGCACGGCCGUCAACUGCUUCAAGUGCUGCUACAGUAAGCACAGAAUCAGCACUUCCACCAGAAGCAGAAGCAACUGCUACAAUAGCCGCUCAUCCAUUCAGCAGUUUCAUCGAUGCACUUGUUGGUGCUUUCGCUGUAAGUUUGAACUGA